CCCACCUAAAUCCCCUACCGAUCUAGGGUUAGUGCAGUGCUGAUAGGAAGCACCGCCACCACUACUCCCUGCCGUCACCGGCACCAUGGCCGGCACCAGAAGCUCCUCGAGCCACAAGCAGAAGAUCAAAGUAAAUCCCUAUGAGCACCAUUGUCCUAGUGUCAACAGAGCUGAAAGAUUGAGAGCAGCCAAGAGGAGAUGGAUUGUUGAUGCUGUGCAGAACUGGAAGAAUUGGAAAAGGCCAGCUAUGAGAGGACCAUCUCCCUGCAAGAAGAGGAAGAUGAGCACUACUUCUACAGUAGCAGGCACACAUGGGUCAGUGACUGGCAGCAAUAUGCAUGAGAAAACUGCUGCAACUCAAGAGGAAGUGCAGGCUGAUGUGCCCCAAAUCCCAGCAAAAGUGACUAGAAGCAGAGCUAAGGAGAUGCCAAACCCAGCAGGAAACACCAGGAGCAAAAGGGCCAAAUCAUGAGUGUUGUCAUGCGUGGAACUAUCAGUUUGG